GAAUACUGUCGGCAUCGAAGUCAGAACAAAUUGCCAAAUGCCAUGCAUCAAGUCUGUUCUGGAGGUGUGGAAUAUCAAACAGAUGAUUAAAUUAACGCAAGAACAUAUAGAGGCACUGCUAGACAAAUUUGGGGGAGAGCAUAACCCACCAUCGAUAUAUUUAGAGGCCUAUGAAGAGUACACCAGCAAACUAGAUGCUCUGCAGCAGAGAGAACAGCAGUUACUGGAAUCCAUGGGGAACGGAACAGAUUUCUCUGUCUCCAGUUCAGCUUCCACAGACACAGUUGCAUCAUCAUCCUCCUCUAGCCUCUCUGUAGCACCUUCAUCCCUUUCGGUUUAUCAAAACCCUGCUGAUAUGUCACGGAAUAACCCUAAGUCUCCCCAGAAGCCUAUUGUUAGAGUCUUCCUGCCCAACAAGCAAAGGACUGUGGUUCCAGCGAGAUGUGGAGUGACAGUCCGAGACAGCCUAAAGAAAGCUCUGAUGAUGAGAGGUCUUAUUCCAGAAUGCUGUGCUGUUUACAGAAUACAAGAUGGAGAGAAGAAGCCAAUUGGCUGGGACACUGACAUUUCCUGGCUCACGGGAGAGGAGUUGCAUGUGGAAGUCUUGGAGAAUGUGCCACUCACGACACACAAUUUUGUACGAAAAACAUUCUUCACGUUAGCAUUCUGCGACUUUUGUCGAAAGCUGCUUUUCCAGGGAUUCCGGUGCCAGACAUGUGGCUACAAAUUUCACCAGCGCUGUAGUACAGAAGUGCCACUGAUGUGUGUUAAUUAUGACCAACUUGAUUUGCUGUUUGUCUCCAAGUUCUUUGAACAUCACCCCAUACCGCAGGAGGAGGCCUCCUUAGGAGAGACCACCCCAGCAUCUGGAUCGUACCCUCCAUUCAAAAUAUUCCAAAGUUGUCUUUUUCCACUUCCAAUUAUUCUCUCAGAUGUCGUGAUGUUGGGCAAAGCUCAGCAAACUCAUGAAGCUGAUAUUAUGGCAGGACCACCAAUUCUCCCUAGUCCUUCUCCUUCAAAAUCCAUUCCAAUCCCACAGCCCCUCCGACCAGCAGAUGAAGACCAUCGGAAUCAAUUUGGGCAACGUGACCGAUCCUCUUCAGCUCCCAACGUUCACAUCAAUACAAUCGAGCCAGUCAAUAUUGAUGACUUGAUUAGAGACCAGGGUUUACGAGGAGAAGGAGCCCCUUUGAACCAACUGAUGCGCUGUCUUCGGAAAUACCAAUCCCGGACUCCCAGUCCCCUCCUUCAUUCUGUCCCCAGUGAAAUAGUGUUUGAUUUUGAGCCUGGCCCAGUGUUCAGAGGUUCAACUGCAGGUUUGUCUGCAACACCUCCUGCCUCUUUGCCUGGGUCGCUCACCAAUGUGAAAGCGUUACAGAAAUCACCAGGACCCCAACGGGAAAGGAAGUCAUCCUCAUCCUCAGAAGACAGAAAUAGAAUGAAAACCCUUGGUCGACGGGAUUCAAGUGAUGAUUGGGAGAUACCAGAUGGACAGAUCACAGUUGGACAAAGGAUAGGAUCUGGGUCAUUUGGAACAGUCUACAAAGGAAAGUGGCAUGGUGAUGUGGCAGUGAAAAUGUUGAAUGUUACGGCACCCACACCUCAACAGUUACAGGCUUUCAAAAAUGAAGUAGGAGUGCUCAGGAAAACACGACAUGUGAAUAUCCUACUUUUCAUGGGUUAUUCAACAAAACCCCAGUUGGCUAUCGUUACACAAUGGUGUGAGGGGUCCAGCUUGUAUCACCAUCUACACAUCAUUGAGACCAAAUUUGAAAUGAUUAAACUAAUUGAUAUUGCACGACAGACUGCACAAGGCAUGGAUUAUUUGCAUGCCAAGUCAAUCAUCCACAGAGACCUCAAGAGUAAUAAUAUUUUUCUUCAUGAAGACCUCACAGUAAAAAUAGGUGAUUUUGGUCUGGCUACAGUGAAAUCACGAUGGAGUGGAUCCCAUCAGUUUGAACAGCUGUCUGGAUCUAUUCUAUGGAUGGCACCAGAAGUUAUUAGGAUGCAAGAUAAAAACCCAUAUAGCUUUCAGUCGGAUGUGUAUGCGUUUGGGAUUGUUCUUUAUGAAUUGAUGACUGGACAGUUACCCUACUCAAACAUCAACAACAGGGACCAGAUAAUUUUUAUGGUGGGACGAGGAUACCUAUCUCCAGACCUCAGUAAAGUACGGAGCAACUGUCCAAAAGCUAUGAAGAGACUAAUGGCAGAAUGCUUAAAAAAGAAAAGAGAUGAGAGACCCCUUUUUCCACAGAUUCUUGCCUCCAUUGAGCUUCUGGCCCGGUCGUUGCCAAAAAUUCACCGCAGUGCAUCUGAGCCCUCAUUAAACCGGGCUGGCUUCCAGACAGAGGAUUUUAGUCUAUAUGCUUGUGCUUCUCCAAAAACACCCAUCCAAGCAGGGGGAUACGGAGAAUUUGCAGCGUUCAAGUAGCCACAGCACCAUGGCAGCACCCACUCUGUUAUUUAAGUCUUGUGUUCCUACAGUUUCUUAACAUCAAAACUCUAUUCUGCUCCGCAAAACCUAAAGUAAUUUAGAAAAGAUAUCCAUAAGCUUAAAAGUGGAGCAGAAUAGAACUGCCAGUCCAACACAAUGGGAAAAAGUACCUUUUUGGGAACCAGAAUCCUCUGCUGCCAGUGUUUCUCCUUCAACACAAACCACCACGUGCAUUCGGAGACCCGCAGUGGCUGCCUGUGCUGUUGGCAUCAUUCCCAGGAGAGAGGCGAGGGCGCUCGUGGUUUGACUGUGGUGCUCGGGCAUGAGGGGAUGGAACUGCUGCUGCAACUUAGGAGACUUGCUUUGGAUGGUCUGCCGGUCGGCUUUCUCCCUCUAACAACGUACCAUCAGAGGCUGAAAAUCUGAUGAGUGCUAAUUUAAAAGAAUCAUCCUCCGUUCUGAUCUCUUUUUUUUCCUGGUGUACUCACUGAUUUAUGGACAAUGCAGUAUCCCCUUUUCACUGUAUUACAAUGUCAAGCACCUAAAUCUGUCUACUUUACUGGGGUUUAUUCCAGUAAAAUUAAAAGCGUGGGGUGAUGGGGGCUGGAGAAGAUGUUUCUCUGAAGGCGAAGAGGUUAAUCUGAAGGAAAAGGGGAUGCUGCUGCACCUUUAUUCAGAUUUACUUUAUCACUUCUUCAAAAAACAAACAACAACCACCAACCUUAACCUUUUUCCUUUUCCAGUAUUUUCUUGGUGUGUGCAUAUACAACAUCUUUUAGAAGGAUUAGGUAGAUCCUUCUUUUGUUGGUCCAGCAACAAACUGAAGUUUAAAAAGAAAAAAUAAAUGUAGCGAGAUUGUCCUCUCUUUUAUUUUUUUUCUUUUGUAUCAUAUGAUACAAUGUAUUUAUCAAAGAUGCUACCACAGCAUCUGAAAGUCUGUAGAAUUCCUGAUACAGACUGUGAACGGUGUAUGUACCUACGUUAAAAGUUUUAUUUUAAACGAGGGUGCAGGUUAAUGCCAGGUACCUUACCAAUAUGUAAUGUUUUCAUAAACGGGGAAAAAAGUUCUCAGGUUGAAUUGAAUACAAAUACAAAACCCCCUAGAAUUAGACAUUCCAAAAAUUAUGUUUUGGUACUUUGAAGAGCUUUUUUUAAAGGAUUUUUAUCCUGUUAACUAAACAUCCUCUGAUAAGUGUGUGUAUAAAUGUGGAGCAUCUUGUCCUAAUGGCAAGUUGUUAGAUCAAAACAAAACGGUACUUGCUGGAUCCACGCUGACUACUUCUCCUCUCAUUGCUUUCUUCCCUGUCGUCUCUUCCCUUCCGUUUGUCUUUCCCCUUUGUACACUUUGCGGGCUAGGGUGAAGGUGGCGGUAUCUCCAUUAGAGUGCUUUGUUUUCCUGUCCUCCAAUCCUGGUUUUCAAAUGGUUGGUAGCUUUUUGAUGAGUUACCCAGUCAGGGAAAAAAAAA